CCGGCGGCAGCCGCGGCAAGCCGCAGCUCUGGAAAGGGGUUGGCGCGGGGCUGUGGUUCUGUGCUGGAUGCAGGCGCGGGUCAUGUGACCGGAAGGGCUCCUGACGGACGCCGUCCCUGCUCGGCGCGGCCUGAGCGCCCGGCCCUACCCCCGCCAUGGGGUGCUGCUACAGCAGCGAGAACGAGGACUCGGACCAGGACCGAGAGGAGCGGAAGCUGCUGCUGGACCCUAGCAGCCCCCCGACCAAAGCCCUCAAUGGAGCCGAGCCCAACUACCACAGCCUGCCUUCCGCUCGCACAGAUGAGCAGGCGCUGCUCUCCUCCAUCCUCGCCAAGACAGCCAGCAACAUCAUCGACGUGUCUGCCGCUGACUCCCAGGGCAUGGAGCAGCACGAGUACAUGGACCGGGCGAGGCAGUACAGCACCCGCCUGGCCGUGCUGAGCAGCAGCCUGACCCAUUGGAAGAAGCUGCCGCCGCUGCCGUCCCUCACCAGCCAGCCCCACCAAGUGCUGGCCAGCGAGCCCAUCCCCUUCUCCGACUUGCAGCAGGUCUCCAGGAUAGCUGCUUAUGCCUACAGUGCACUUUCUCAGAUCCGCGUGGACGCAAAAGAGGAGCUGGUUGUACAGUUUGGGAUCCCGUGAAGAGGGGGCCUCCCCCCUGCCGCUGCACAGCUCUCCUCUCUUCACCCCGCCUCCACCCCGCCUCCCCGGCCCCCAGCCUCACUGCGGCUUACACAGAACCCUAACCUGCGACGAAUCCUGGCACGUGGAGGAGGAGGAGGAGGAGAGCGAGGCUGGAAGCCUGAGCAAGUGAGGAUGGAGCGAGGGAGGGUGGCAGCUCCUGGGACUGGCCCUCGAAGCCCUGGCCAGGGCGGGGUGGGGGGGGCACAGGGACAGGGCCUUCACCGUCACUGGGAAGGUGGAGGUGCCACAGCGACGGCGGUCACAGGCCCCUGACAGGCCCCCUGCCCACCCUUUCUUGCCUCCCUCCUGCCCCCUCUCCCGGACUUGGUGCUCACGUGCACCUCAAGGGCAUGUGACCAGGGUCUGGACGAGCUUGAAUUUGAAUGAAUUGAGUUUGUAUUUCUAGCACCCUGGGUUUUUACAUGUUUGGGGUUUUUCGAUUUUGUUUUGGUUUGUCACCCUCGAUAAAGGAAGUGUAUCCAUCUG